GUUGUUGUGUCAUUUGGUCGUUUAAUACCUGAAGACAUAAUUAACACAUACUGAACCCAAUGCCGAUUGAAAAUUUAAUUAAAUUUGUUUAAUAAUUAAUUUUAAGUAAUUGACAAUAGCUUUAUUCAAUGAAUAUAUUAAUACGGUUUGUAACAUUAUAUUAAUUACAUUUUAUAUUCAAAAUAACACAUCUUAUUAAACAAAUUUGAUAAUUAUUGGCCAAUUUUAAAACAUUUUUUGUUAUAUUAAUUGGCUUAAAUAAAAAGUAAACAAGACUUUUUUUGCUUAAAUAAGAGCAAUAUUGUCGUUUAAAUCGACACCGUUUGGUGAUUUUAUGCUUAAGUUUUGUUCCGUGAUAAAUUAGUCAGCAUAUAUAUUAAAAAAUCUUUAAAUCUUAUAUUUUUCUCUAAGUAUAACUUAAAAAUUUCAAGUUUUGAGAGCAUACAUUUAUAAAAAAAAUGGAUUCAGAUUUGUUUUUCGUGAUAACGACGUUGGUAAUAUAUUUUAUAAUUCCGAUUCAAGUAAUCAAAGAUAUUAUGUCUAUUGCCCUGGCAGUUGUGUCACUGCAGACAUUUUUGGAAAUGAAACUUUCUAAGAAGAAAAAUACUUUAACUAAAACAGUAGAACCUAUAACGAAUACUCGCACGGAUUUGACUACACAUCCUAUUAAUUUGGAGUUACCUACUAUGACAAAUAAUUCAAUUUUAGAACAGUCACCUAGCGAAGAUAAAAUUACACUAACUCCGAUUAUUGAAAACGAAAAAGAGCCCUCUAAAACAUCUAUAAAGAAAAUUACAAUAAUAGAUGAUUCAUUGAACAUGGACAAAACAUCGUCAAAAAAAAAUCUUUCAACUCUACCGUCUAAAAUAUUUCCAGAAAAUAAUAUUACAACACAUUACACUAACAAUUCAUUAUUCAAUAACGAAAUUGAAUCUGUUAAAAACCUAAACUCAGAAAUUAUUACACAAAUUGAAAAAGAACCCACCAACACAUCUACAGACACUUCCGUAUUGGCUAAUAAUUAUUUUAACACGGACAUGUCACAGUCUCCAAACAAUCUUCUAACUCAACCGUUUAAAAUAUGUUCGGGAAAUAUUAAAGAAUCACCUCAUGAAAACAACACUUUUAUAUUACUGUCAAAAAGGAAUUUUGAAAAUGAAUCUAACAAAAAUUCAGAUACCAAAACUAAGACAUCGUAUAAUUUUUCUACUGUAUCUAAAUCAGCCACUAAACAAGGAAUUCUUAAAAAAAUUGAAAAUUAUGAUAAUAAUUCAGCAAAAAAUAUAGCCAAUAUUAGAUUAAUAGAUACAUAUCAAGAGAAGUCUGUACGAUUUCAUAAAAAUACUGAAGUGAAACACUUUAACUGUAAUUUGAGUUUAACAAAACAAGUAAAAAAAUAUCAAUGGCGUCGCCAAAAUUAUAAUUGGACGAAGUAUUAAAUAAACUUAUAGCCAAAAUGAAGUAAUUAAGCAAUUACAUUAAAUCAAUAAAAAUUUGCUGUAUUUUUUGAUAUUAAUUUCUUAUUGUUUUAAAAGUAUCUUUUUAUUUUUAUCCUUUUUAAUGAAUGUCCAAUUUUGUUUUUGUAAUAAA